UGUAGCCUAAGCCUUGGCAUCCACUGUAGUGACCGCUGGCUCAAACUUUUUGCAGGGAAAAGUUUGUGCCAGCGGUCACUAUGGAGGAUGAUACCCAGGCUAAGUCAUAUUUCCCCUUCAACAUGAAAUUAAAGAUCAGGCUGGGUGCCAUCCUGGUAGUUUUUGUCCAUCUUGGUAGUCAGGUAGCAACUAGCAACUUUUAAUAAAAAGAACCUGCUAUACUGGGGAUGCAAAAGGGGAUAUCAGCUCAAGCUAUUGUCCAGCAGUAUGUGAAUGGCUGCUUCUCUGGUCUGUUCCUCCUUUCCAUUUAAUUGGUGUGAAAUGGCUGUCAUAAAACCUGUUGUCCUCUUUGUUUCUGGUUCCAUAACUAUAAGCCAGAAUAAGUUUUUAAAAUCUCUAGUUGAUUUUCCAAAAAUAAUAGAUAAAUCUAAUUUUCUUUUCAAAAAUAUUCUUCAAGCUCUAGACUAUUUGAAAAAAUGGGUCAUUUCAACACAAAAAGGGUCAGAAAACUGACCUAAAUCUUGUGGGUGGGUGUUUUAUAUUGUGUACAGAAAUAAGGUGUAAAAACUUUGACUGUCAUGCACAAUUGUGGCCACAUGUUGCAGGGUUUGGAGGCACAAGUUGCCUGGACAUGUUUGAGCGCUAUGACCCCCGAUUUGACAAAUGGCUUGAGCUGUGCCCCCUGUCACAUCCCCGGUCUGGCUUCUCCAUGCUGCCGCUGGACGGGGGGUUGUUCACUAUUGGUGGAUGGCUGGGGAGGAGGAUAUUCUCCACAGUGGAGAAGUACCUUCCCCUGGAGGACCGUUGGGAGUAUGCCGCGGCUCUGGAUGUGGGACUACUCGGCCACGCCUGCUGUGCUCAUGGCAGCGGAGUUUACAUCAGUGGUGGGCGCAGCAUCGCUCGUGGGAGGAACGGUUUCCGACUGUACGAUCCAGACUCAGGUGUGACCGAGCUUGCUCCGCUGAGGCACGCCAGGAGUAACCACGCCAUGGUGGCAGUUCCAGGGGGGUUCCUCGUGUUUGGGGGUGAAAAUGGAACAAUAACCAUCGCACAGGUGGAGAUGUACAGCUCGGCUGGAGAAAACUUGGAGGAGGACAGACAUAAUGAUUAUCUUACUAUACCUACUCUGGAGGCGAUUCAAGUCUUGUAG